AUGAAUGUGAGCCAUGCUUCAGUUCAUCCAGUUGAAGAAGUUCCAAACACUGAAGGUGGUGUUGCGGUUGCCGAACAAAACGUUAACGUGCCUCUGGUCGUGAGGAUGAAGGAUAUUCAAGGGAUGCCUGGUACUGUUGGUGGGUUAGCUUUACGCGUUUCGCAGUUUAUUUUUGGUGCUGCUGCACUCUCUAUUAUGGCCUCCACAAGUGAUUUUCCUUCAGUUACUGCCUUCUGUUUCCUUGUUGCGGCUGCCGGUUUGCAGACUUUGUGGAGCAUUUCAUUAGCUAUUACUGACAUAUACGCCAUUUUAGUAAGACGGUCUUUGCAGAACUACCGACUUGUCAGUUCGUUUACAAUUGGCGACGGGGUUACUUCGACGCUUAUGUUUGCGGCAGCGUGUGCAUCGGCAGGUAUCACAGUUCUCAUCGAUAACGAUCUUGGUAAUUGUUCAGAGAACCACUGUGUGCAGUUUGAAACAGCUACAGGCAUGGCAUUCAUAUGCUGGUUCACUACAGUGCCGUCGUUUCUGCUCAACUUCUGGUCUUUGGCUUCACGGUAG